GGACUAGCUUCGGAAGAAACGACUAGUGUGACUCGGAAAGUAAUGCAGGAAAUGGUAGGUACGGUCGCACAAAUAGAAACUGGUCUUAUAUCGCCCCAUACAUCUUUGGAGAUGCCUGCUUUACUGGAUAGAUCUCUUCGUCGCUAUACGGAAUUUGGCAUGCGUAAAGUUCUGGAACGUCUAGAGAACGUUUGUGCUGUAGCAAUCAGUAAAGCAAUAAUUCUUCUUCAAAAACCACCUGGGUCCUAUGCAGAGGCUGCAAAAACUGCAGAUUUUGUAUCGAAAAGAUAUCUGAGAGAAAAGCAGGAUGAAAAGUAUACAGUAUAUCAUGAAGAAUUUGUUGCUAUGGGCCUUCCUUCCUUUUUGGACUUAUUUCACUGCUUAGUGCGAGUACCACUUGAUUUAGUAGACGAAUGGUUGAAAAUGAGAGGGGUUAUGCAAAUGAAUAAUGACUUGCUAACUCUCCGGGCGGUGUUAGAAGACUGUCAUGACUGCUUACGUGCUGCAAUAACGGUGAAACAUACAUAUGUGGCUGUGGUUCAGAUGGUUGAAGUUGAAACCUCUAGCCUGCUAGAAAAUUUAGCUGAUUUUGAGAACCAUCUUUCUGAUCUUUUCAAGAAAUACCUAACUUGUGUGCGUCAUUGGGCCUCAGCCGAGUUGUCGACCAGUGCCUGUGUUGACUGGGGAGAUAGGUUUUUAAAUGAGCUUAUGAAGGAAUGGCAGCUUGCAAGAUGUUUUGCUGUGAAUGUUAUUUGUGGUGAAGAUGAAGUCGCCCAAAGAUUCUGGGCAUCUUUAUCCGAAGGCUGCCAAAUCUAG